UCCUAGAAAUCAACGUGAGUCUUGGGUAUGAUUGGUAACAAUGACAACAACAUCGCAGAAGCACACACUCUUUGUGGCAGAGCCGAUGGGGGACAAACCUGUGACUGAACUGGCAGGCAUUGGUGAAGUCCUGGGCAAACGGCUGGAAAACAGGGGAUUUGACAAGGCUUAUGUUGUCCUUGGGCAGUUCCUUGUACUGAAGAAGAACCGGGAAUUAUUCUUAGAGUGGCUGCAGGAUUUGGUAGCUGCCAAUUCCAACCAAGCAUCUGAAUGUUAUCAGUGCUUGGCUGACUGGUGCAGUGAGUUCUUGUGACAAGUCCAAGGUUGUAGUGAGUGCUUUGGGAUAUUCCACUUCCUGUUACCAUUGUCUUUUUACUUGGUGAGCAGUAGUGAUUUGUCUUCAAAGAUUAUUGUUGCUGAUAACUAGCGCAACA